UCCCGUAAGUCGAGCGGCCGCGUAGUAGCUGCUACCUCCGCUGCCGCAGCCACAUUCAACAGGCAGCAGCGCCGUGGUCGCGCUGCGGAGAGCGAGCGGCCCGCGGCGUCCGCCAGUCCUCCGGUCCGCGGGCCCUGUCAGCAGGAGCGCGGCGCCGGUGCCGCCCGCGCCCGGCGACCCCGGCCUGCCGUCCCGUCGGUGCAGCGGACCCAGAGGAGUCUAGAUGUUGAUGGACUCGUGAAGUUAAGUUCUGGGCUCGCGCUUCCACUUGGUCGCUUCUUCCUCCGGGUUUCCGUCCUCCUGCGGCGGCACCGACCUCGCUCCCAAUCUCGGACCAGCUCUUCGCGGCUCCCCCUUCCUUUGGCUCCCGGUGCUGCGCUCUACCCCUUCUCGGCUCUCCCGCGGCUGGGGGAGGGGCGGGGGUCACCAUGGCCGAAGCGCCCCAGGUGGUGGAGAUUGACCCGGACUUCGAGCCGCUGCCGCGGCCGCGUUCGUGCACCUGGCCGCUGCCCAGGCCGGAGUUUAGCCAGUCCAACUCGGCCACCUCCAGCCCGGCGCCGUCGGGUGGCGCGGCCGCGAACCCCGAUGCCGCCGCGGGCCUGCCCUCGGCGGCCGCUGUCAACGCGGACUUCAUGAGCAACUUGAGCCUCCUGGAGGAGAGCGGGGACUUCCAGCAGGCGCCCGGCUCCGUGGCGGCGGCCGCGGCGGCGGCGGCGGCGGUGGCGGCGGCGGCAGCGGCAGCAGCGGCUGCCACUGGGGGGCUGUGCGGGGACUUCCAGGGCCCGGAGGCGAGCUGCCUGCACCAGGCGCCGCCGCAGCCCCCGCCGCCCGGGCCGCUGUCUCAGCACCCGCCGGUGCCCCCCGCCGCUGCCGGGCCGCUGGCUGGGCAGCCGCGCAAGAGCAGCUCGUCCCGCCGUAACGCGUGGGGCAACCUGUCCUACGCCGACCUCAUCACCAAGGCCAUCGAGAGCUCGGCGGAGAAGCGACUCACGCUGUCGCAGAUUUACGAGUGGAUGGUCAAGAGUGUGCCCUACUUCAAGGAUAAGGGUGACAGCAACAGCUCGGCGGGCUGGAAGAACUCCAUCCGCCACAACCUGUCGCUGCACAGCAAGUUCAUCCGCGUGCAGAACGAGGGCACCGGCAAGAGCUCGUGGUGGAUGCUGAACCCCGAGGGGGGCAAGAGCGGCAAGUCCCCCCGCAGGCGGGCGGCCUCCAUGGACAACAACAGCAAGUUCUCCAAGAGCCGCGGCCGGGCGGCCAAGAAGAAGGCCUCCCUGCAGCCUGGCGCGGAGGGCGCGGGGGACAGCCCCGGCUCUCAGUUCUCCAAGUGGCCCGCCAGCCCGGGCUCGCACAGCAACGACGACUUCGACACCUGGAGCACCUUCCGCCCUCGGACCAGCUCCAACGCCAGCACUGUCAGCGGGAGGCUCUCGCCCAUCAUGACGGAGCAGGACGACCUGGGGGAGGGGGACCUGCACCCGAUGGGCUACCCGCCGUCCGCCGCCAAGAUGGCCUCCACGCUGCCCAGCCUGUCGGAGAUCGGCAGCCCCGAGAACAUGGAGAACCUCCUGGACAACCUGAACCUCCUCUCGCCGCCGACGUCGCUGACCGCCUCCACCCAGUCCUCCCCCGGCGCCCUGAUGCAGCAGGCGCCCUGCUACUCGUUCGCCCCGCCCAGCACCAGCCUGAGCUCGCCGAGCCCCAACUACCAGAAGUACACCUACGGCCAGGCCGGCAUGAGCCCCUUGCCCCCGAUGGCGAUGCAGGCGCUGCCGGACAGCAAGGCGGCCUACGGCGGGAUCAGCCAGUACAGCUGUGCGCCGGGGCUCUUGAAGGAGCUGCUCACGUCCGACUCCCCUCCCCAUAACGACAUCAUGGCGCCGGUCGACGGCGGGGUGGCCCAGCCCAGCAGCCGGGUCCUCAGCCAGAAUGUGCUCAUGGGCCCUAACUCGGUCAUGCCAGCCUAUGGCGGCCAGGCAUCUCACAACAAAAUGAUGAGCCCCGGCUCCCACAGCCACCCCGGCCACGCCCAGCCGGCGUCCGUGGUCAAUGGGCGCGCCCUGCCCCACGCGGUGAACGCCAUGCCCCACAGCUCGGGCAUGAACCGCCUGGCCCCGGCGAAGGCCGCCUUGCAAGUGCCUCUGCCCCACGCCGUGCAGAUGAGCGCCCUCGGGGGCUACUCCCCGGGCGGCAGCUGCAACGGCUACGGCAGGGUGGGCCUCCUCCACCAGGAGAAGCUCCCGAGCGACCUGGACGGCAUGUUCGUCGAGCGCUUGGACUGCGACAUGGAGUCCAUCAUCCGGAACGACCUCAUGGACGGGGACACGCUGGACUUCAACUUCGACAACGUGCUGCCCAGCCAGAACUUCCCGCACGGCGUCAAGACGACGACGCACAGCUGGGUGUCCGGCUAGGAGUGGGUCGGCGGGCAGGCCACGAGUCUAAGUGCUUCAGACUGUCCGGCAGCAGGAGCUGAGAAGAAGUCCAAAGAUGUCCGUCACCCCAUCUUUUCGUUUUCUUGAUUAAAAAAAAAAAACACUGACAAAAAAAAAUGUUUUUUUUUUUUCCUUUCGUCAGACUUGGCAGCGAAGACACUUUCCUGUGCGGGAUGUCUGCCCCGUGCUCGCAGGGGCGGGCCGCCGCGGACACGGACCGCCGGAGGCCCCGCCACGAUCAAGUGCCAAACUCGCCACGCCGCGGACCUGCGGGGCGGACCCGCGGGUCCUGGCACGCGCUCAAGUUUUGUACAUACGCGGUAGCCGCAGAACUGUCUCUGUGUGUGUGUUGUUUUUUAAAUAGCCAUUCGGUCCAAGGAAAGUGUAUACUCUUUUUUUUUGUACUACUGUGAUGGUCUCACGUCCUUAAUAAGUUAAACUUCUGUUCGCCCCCCCGUGUUCUGCCGGACUGACGGAUCCCCGAGAACCAGGCCCUCCGCCCAGCACCUGCGGGCGCAGCUUCGGACCCGCUCGCGCCGCCGUGUCCCUCACGCGAGGACCCACACCCUGUCGGCAGCCUGCUGCGUCCGCGGACUUGUCAGACUCUUUGGGGAAAGAAAAAAAAUAGAGUAAAUGCCAGCCUUGUACAGGUCUUUUCUAUUUUUUUUUUGUCUGUUUAUUUUGUUAUUUGCAAAUUUGUACAAACAUACGAAUGGUUCUAAUUUCCAGAUUUUUGAUGUUACUGUUGGGACUUGAUCAUUUUUGGAAUAGAUGCUGAACUGUAAUGUUUUCUUAAAACUAGAGUCUACUUUGUUAUAAUAUACUGCUUGUAAAUUUACAGACUCCCAGAUAUUUGAGACAGCAUCCGUAAUUUUCAUUUUGUAUUCUAACUGGAUUAGUACUAAUUUUGUACGUGCUCAACUGGUUUGUACACUUGGGGAUGCCGCUUGGUGAUGUCUGUGACUAAUCUUAAAAUCACUGUAAUUAGUACUUGCCUACUCAAUGCUUCUGGCCCUGGUUUUGGCAGGAGAGGGGUGUAUGUAUAGUGAAGGACGUUUUUGUGUUUCCAGUUGAGGAGAACUCGGUAUGUUUCUAUGUACGUGUUCUAAAGAAGUCACAUGUGCCGUUCCUCCGUGAGCUCAGCGCACCACGCAGCGCUGCGUCCUCGUCCUUGCAGCUCCGCCCGGGCGGCCUCGUAGUGUCUGUCGUGCAGGAAGGGAGAGACCCGCGCCCGAAACAGGACCCCUGUCUCAGGCUGGGCGCUCCGUCGGCACCACUCUGAGCUGAGCUCCACCGGAAGUUUCCCCUCACAGUGCUGCAUUCUUACUCUGGUCCGGGUAGAGGUGGGUCUUCGUAGCCUGGCCUUGAAGGCUUCUGUCAGCCCCCACACCUCAUCCCUCUUUCCUUCUGUCCUUCUGUCCUUCCGUCCUUCCGUCCUUCCGUCCUGCAGAUCGCGGAGCACACUGUGGAGAGUCCAUGGGGGGGUGGUGGCUUAGAGACAGGACUUGGGCGACGGGUGGGCUGCUCUGUGUGCGUGAGUGUAGACGCUGCCCCGUGGGAAGGAGCUCGCUGAAAACCCGGGGCAAUCCAUCUGGACAUCAGCAAACCAGCUCUUGAGUUGUAUAUUUGAAUUCUUAAAAGCCUUUGUGUAAGUUAAGAAUUUCUUUAGCCUCUUAGCAACCUCAACUAUGAUCCUGAUCAUUACGUUGUAAUAUUCUCCGUUCACCUGUAACUGACAGACCAGGCUCGUUGGCCUCGAGGCCCACUUGCAGCGUUGGUGUUUUCUGGUCCCGUGGAUGCCCCGAGUCACAGCACCAGGAAAGGAACAGCUGAACAGAAGCGUUCCCCUUGCCGGACUAAGAGGGCUCUGAUCUGAUUUCUGUGUGCUUAGCCCCAGCCACAUUUGCUUUGUCUCAUCUGCGAAUGGCAUCUCCGUUGGCUUAGUUUUUUCUCAUACAUGUGUAACAAGAGCAGAAGUGUCCUUGGUGGAUUUCCUCCAGGGGGCCGGCCCUGGGGUAAGCUUCCCACGGUCACUUCUGUGGUGGCGAAGGGUUGUCAGACAACCCCCGUGUCGCUGUCCGCUCCGAGACACACCUGGUCGUAGAAUUGCCAUCCCCUCAGUGGUGCCUCCCGCCCGUGGGACGGACCUCGUGGGUGCCAACUACUCGGUUUCUGUUACCACCGCCGCCCCAGGACACCCCCCGCCCCUGCCCUCACACAUGAGCCUCGGAGACGGCCACAGCCAACAUCACCAUCUGAAGGUCUUUCCUCCUCCUCAGUCCGUGUAAAUAUCUUCUUUUCCUUCGGGUGUUUCUUUCUCGUGUUGAAAUCCGGACAUGAACCCCGGGUGGCUAGCUCUCCGGGGUACAGCGAACUCGGGUGGAAGGCCCCUUGUCUAGUGUGAAAACAUCAUGUGACCUCUGAGUGCUUUUUCUGUGCGAAGACCGACCGACCCGGAGGGAGCAGACGACCAGUUUUACUGUACACGACUGCUCUGUGAGAUGCCCAGACGAUGCCACCUCUGCAGCCUUGUUUGAUUUCUUUCCCCCGGUUUGUACUGUUAUUAAAAGCAUAUUGUAUCAUAGAGCGCUUCAGAUAUUUUAAAUAUAAAGUAUUGUUUCUGUAACAUAGACGUGUGGACUGUACGUAGGUCGUACGCACGUGGCACGGAAGGUUCCGCCGGGACAGACGUCCGCUGUCCCGGUCAAUCAGCGCGCACUGCACUCCAGGGAGCAGCAGGUCGGUGGGGCCUCCGAGGCGAGGAGGGCGCCCCGGGGGGGGGUGGUUCUCCCAAGGGAGCCCGUUCAGAUCGCUCCACUCCUGGGCCUGUGUCACCUUAGCCCCGCCCCCGGCAUUUUUAUAGUCAGCUCUUCGGCGUUCUUAAUUUAUAACAGGCCUUCACAUGAGAAGCUUCUCGGGUGAUUUUAGUUUGCAAGUCAUCACUCAAUAAAGAAUGCAGAGGGAUCUGUGCAGACAAAGCCGGGGGCGUGCCCCGGGGCCUCCUUCGGGGGGGGGGGGCGUGUGGUCUGGCCGUGGGGCCGGCACGGGCCGUGCCCGCCCUGUCGGGCCCAGCCCCGCCCUCCUGCGGCCGGCGCCCUGAGCUGAGUGACGGUGCGGGGCCCCCCACCCCCGCUCCAGUACUCUCUGAGAAGUGCCUGAUGAUGCGGAUGUACUUACGGAUACAAGAACAAUCUUUGCUAUUAUUGUGUAAAAGCCAUAAAUGUACAUAAAUUAUGUUUAAAUGG